AUGAUUUCGCUGCAAUCUCCCAACGCGACGUGGACCAGCAAUCCCUUGAAACUCCGCUUGAUGCGGCAGAGUCUCGAUCUGCAGCAUGCCGGCUCCGUGGCAGGUAUUCGAGGCGGCGCUUGGGUGACGAGUCUCUUGCCUGUACUACGCGGGACCGAGGUAAGGGGCGACGGCUCUGCGGAGGGCAUUUGGCGCAACUUCGGAGGUGAAAACGCGUACUGCCGCAUUGGGGACCAUCCAGCGGAGCGCGUCCAUUUUGUCGGCGGAAAAAUGUAUUGCGCAGUUCCGCACUUCUACACUGUCUCGGAGGCAAAUAUGAAGGUGCAAGUGUCCUUGGACCGUCGUAUGUGGACGCCUUCUGAUACGGUCGACUCGCUAGUAAGCACGUACCUGACCCAAGAGAGUAACGCAAAAACGCUUGAGCUCGAGGAGGUCACACCACGCUCGGGUGUUGCAGGUAUGGAGGUGAUCCUGCGCGGUCGUUGGCCGGACCACAGCAUGGGCGACGGGACCGCGGCAGCACUCCAGUUGGUUAGUGAUGCAAGCAUUUUCAACACGCUGAAAGAUUUCCCGACCAUUGCUGGUUGCGCUUUCGGAGAUCAGAUUGUCCCUGCACGCGUGAUGAACAGCACGGCGGUCAUAUGCCGCGUGCCCCCCGUGCGGACCAACGCCUAUCUGAAGGUUCUGGUCGGUGUCGUCCUCUCGCAGUCGGACACGAAUGUCUUUUAUGGGCGCGACAACACCGUUACCUUUGCCUACUUUCCGAGAGUCACAACAUUAGGGGUAUCGCCGAUGUUUGCCACGCGAGGCGGGGGUAACGUCACUGUCACGCUGAGCAACCGUUUCGCGCGGGACGCUUACAACGUGCGUUGCCACUUCGGAUCUGACGUGUUCAUGAUAACGGAAGCCGAGGUAUACGGUGCUCGAGCUACGUGCCGCGUCCCCACGCCGGUGUUUGGUGACACGACAAAUUCUCAAGGCCUCUCGCAAUCGGUUCUCUUUUCCUUAUCCUUGACGCCACUAGCUGAUCCCGAGCAGGAGCCAUUGCGCGUCUUUCCGGAGCACAAGUUUACCUACGUCCCAGAACUGCGUGUUCGGAGGCUACAGUAUUUCCUAAAGUCGCUGGACGUGGAGAGCAGCCAGCACCAACGCUUGCACAAGCUCCGGCAUUCGCGCACUGUAGUUGUACUGUUGGACGGCGAAAAGAGCGGAGGACACCCAGGUUUCGACGUCGUGUGCCGAUUCGGCGAGAUCACUCGCGACGCUCUCUGGACGGCCAAUACUUGGGCCCAGAACCACGGCUACUGGGCGGUGGCUUGCGAGGUGCCUUUAGGAAGUUUCGACGCGAUGGUUGUGCACGUGCGGAACCAGGCGCCUCCAUAUUUGACGCCGAUCGCAAAUUUUCGCUUCAGCGCAAAUAGUCCGCCAAAGCUCCUAGGAAUCUCGCCAUCGCAAGGCCCAAGCUUGGGUGGCACGCGAGUCUACCUCUUCGGUGAGAUGCUGCAUGCAAACAGCGGUCGUCUCUUGUGUCGUUUCGGUCUAGCUGGGGCCUCGCCGGUUGUGUGCUUGGACCGCAACGCUAUGGUCUCUGGGAACCCGUUUAAUCUUGAUGUGCAGCGUUCGGUGCUUGACAGUAGUUCUACUAGCACAGGAACAUCUUCUAGUUCGUCUUCUUCAACCUUCGGCGAGGACGACUCAACGACUUUCGAUGCCCUCGAAGCUGAAACUGACAAUUUGCUGUUUCCCGAUGCAAUACGUUCUAGUCCGAAGGACGUGGUCACCCGUGUCGACUUGCCGGAAUUGGCAGACGGAAGUGUGGACCCACUGACCAAGCCACCCUUGUGUUGGUGUCACGCGCCUAUGGCACCGGCAGUCGAGAUGGACGUGCGCGUAGAUGUUGGCUUCAACGAUGACAUCUUUGUGACGGAUUCCUUUCCGUUUCGCUUCACGUUGCCACUUCCCCGGAUAACCAGCAUCGAUCCACCGUACGGUCGCUCGGGCACCGUGGUCUCGCU